ACUAAGUCUUGGGUUAUCCAUAGUUAAUGAUUAGCUGUGCUCUCCAUGAAGACUGUGGGGAUUCCAGGAGCUGUCUGCUCAGGAGGAGGGUGGACCAAGAGAUCCGUGGAGAAACUUCCCAAAGGACUUUGCAGAUCUGACCAUGUAUUGGCUGCGGAAACUCCAGGGUCUCUGUAUCCUAUGGAGGACCCAGAUCUCUAGUCGUACUGUCCACCUCCAUACCAAGCAACUGGCAUCCCUGCGGUGGGGUCACCAGGAGGUCCCUCCCAAGUUUAACUUUGCUAGUGAUAUGAUUGAUCACUGGGCUGGCAUGGAGAAGGCUGGCAAGCGACCUCCAGGCCCAGCCCUAUGGUGGGUGAGCGGUGAUGGAAAUGAAAUAGUGUGGAACUUCAGCCAACUGAGUGAACUCAGCCAGCAGGCAGCCAAUGUCCUUUCAGGGGCAUGUAGCCUGCAGCGUGGGGACCGUGUGGUGAUGGUGCUGCCCCGAGUGCCUGAGUGGUGGCUAGUGACCCUGGGCUGCAUGCGAGCAGGCCUCGUCUUCAUUCCCGGGACUAUCCAAAUGAGAACCAAGGACAUUCUCUAUAGGCUGCAGGUGUCUAAAGCCAGGGCCAUCGUGGCUGGGGAUGAAGUGGCCCAGUUAGUGGACACCAUAGCCUCUGACUGCCCUUCUCUGAAAACGAAGCUACUGGUGUCUGAGAAAAGCCGGGAUGGGUGGCUAGACUUUAGGACACUACUGCGAGAAGCAUCUACCACUCAUUGCUGUGUAGAGACAGGAAGCCAAGAAGCAGCUGCCAUCUACUUCACCAGUGGGACUACUGGCCUUCCCAAGAUGGUGGAACAUUCCCACUCAAGCCUGGGCAUGAAGGCCAAAAUGGAUAUUGGUGUUUGGACAGACAUGCAGCCUUCUGACAUAAUGUGGGUCAUAUCAGACACAGCUUGGAUAUUGAACAUCAUAGCUUCAUUUCUGGAACCUUGGGCAGUAGGAGCAUGCUCAUUUAUCCAUCUCUUGCCAAAAUUUGACCCAGUCAUCAUUCUAAAGGUGCUGUCCAGCUACCCAAUCAACAACUUUAUAGGAGCACCCAUCAUUUACCAGAUGUUGAUACAACAGGAUUUUUCUAGUUACAAGUUCCCACAUCUACAGAACUGUUACACUGGAGGGGACACUCUCCUUCCAGACAUUUUGGAGAACUGGAGGGCUCGGACAGGAUUGGACAUCCGAGAAUUGUAUGGCCAGACGGAAACGGGAGUAACUUGCAGAGUUUCCAAGAACAUGAAAAUCAAACCUGGUUACCUGGGAACUGCUAUUCCUCAUUACGAUGUGCAGGUCGUGGAUGACAAGGGCAAUGUCUUGCCCCCUGGCAUCGAGGGAGACAUUGGCAUCAGAGUAAAGCCUAUCAGGCCUAUAGGCAUCUUCUCUGGUUAUGUGGACAAUCCUGAGAAGACAGCAGCCAACAUUCGAGGGGAUUUUUGGAUACUUGGAGAUCGGGCAAUCAAGGAUCAAGACGGCUAUUUCCGGUUCAUAGGCCGGUCAGAUGAUAUCAUUAACUCCAGUGGGUAUCGGAUUGGGCCCUCAGAGGUGGAGAAUGCACUGAUGGAGCAUCCUGCUGUAAUUGAGACAGCUGUAAUCAGCAGCCCAGACCCUGUCCGAAAAGAGGUGGUGAAGGCAUUUGUAGUUCUGGCCCCACAGUUUCUGUUCCACAACCUGGACCAGCUCACCAAGGAGCUACAGCAGCAUGUGAAGUCAGUAACAGCCCCAUACAAGUACCCAAGGAAGGUGGAGUUUGUUUCUGAGCUGCCCAAGACUAUCACAGGGAAAAUCCAGCGGAAGAAGCUUCGAGACAAAGAGUGGAAGACAUCCAGGUAGAUGGACAGUGGCAGAGUCCAGCAGAAUCCUGGAUCUUAGGAAGGAAAUGAAAAGUCAACGCACUUCAUCUUACCCCUGGUCAGACCUCCAUACAGACAGGCUUGCGCCUGUGGUUAGGACAUUGGAGGCCUCCUCAGGUCACCUCAAACCUCAGGACACACAUGACCAGAGGAGGGGACUAUCCACUAUUGAGUGCUUUCCAUAUGCCAGACACUGUCCUAAGCAUUUUAUAAAUACUAUCAUGUUUCACCUCUGUGUGGCAUCUACAACCUUUGGUACAUAGGUGUGGGAACACUAUAGGAACCUCAAAAAAGUGUCCCUUCCCCAUGGCUCAUGUUUGUGGUAGUAUCUACUCUUCCUAGAAUCAAGUAAUUGUUGGGCCAGUGGGAUCAAGGGGGAUCAGGAGGCACCAACAAAAUGGCGGCAGACCCUGCAUCUUGUUACCCUCCCCUCAGAACUUUCCCACCACCAGCAGACCGCCCAUGGACACAACAUCAGGUGGAGACAGGACCUAUGCAGGAAACCUGAACCACACCUUACCCAAACCCCAUAUAAGGGCAUAAGCAGUUAUCACCCCAUACAGACACAACUCCCCACCCCUCCCCCCUUAAAAGCUCACAUGUACUCCCUUUGGGCACGCCUUCCCUGGCCCAUGACUCCCCACUCUCUCCCUCUCCUGUGGGCCACGGAACCUUGCCUGAGAGCACAUCUCAUUAAAAGCUUGCCUCAACCAACUUUUGCCUGGCCUCUCUAUUUCAUUUCACUACCAAUUGGAUUAAACCUGACAUUUGGUGGGGAAACCCAGGAGGAGAUCAAGGCCGCACUCUGGUGGGGAACCUCUCUCCUCUCAUCACCAGGACCUUGUCUGAACCCAAUGCCUUGGAUUGGGCAGUUCCCCCAAUUCUGUGCCCCUGUCCAGGUGGUACUGCCUGAAGCCACAGCCACACCAGGGCAACUCCACUGAGCCACCGGGUGGCUUUCCAUUGGUCCCUAGAGAUCAGGAGACAUCCUCAUCCUCAUGGUGACCUGUUUCUGUCCGUGACCCUGAGCUGCAAAUGGGGACACCGGUUUUCAGUGUCUGGGUUACCUGUCAGGAAUCGUGGGAACUGCCCAAUCCAAAUUUGACCCCCAAAACUACCUUGGGUUGUCUACUGGCCAAUUUUGAAACUCUGGGGUUCUCACAGGAUCUCAGAAAAUGGCGACUUACCAGACCCUUACAGAUCUGAACAACCUUUGUCAACGCCAGGGUGAAUGGUCUCAGGUCCCUUACAUUCAGGCUUUUUGGAACCUCUGCUCUCGUUCUUCCCUCUGUUCCACUGACUGCACAAGUCCUUCUGGCAUGGGCGCCACCUUCUUCUACCCACAAAACAAAAGGCCCUGAUUCCUAUCAUCCUUCCCCCCUCUCAGAACUUCUUGAGGGUCUCACUGGUCCCCCAGUCAGGGGAAUCCCUACCCCUCCUCCUCCCUACUCGAAACCUUCUGCCCCCCCUCCCUCUCCCUCUGCAUCCCAAACACCCUUACCUAUCCCCGACCCUCAGCCUUCACUUCUUGCCUCCCCUCCAGGCUCUACCCAUACAAGAUCUCACAGGGUCUCUUCCUCCCCUGACCUACUCUGUCCCUUACGAGAGGUGGCGGGUGCAGAGGGCAUUAUACGUGUUCACGUCCCAUUUUCACUCCAAGAUCUUUCCCAAAUCUAGAAACAGCUGGGCUCUUACUCUGUUAACCCAGGAAACUAUAUCAAGGAAUUCCAAUAUUUGGCCCAGGGAUAUGGCUUGACUUGGCAUGAUUUGCAUGUUGUCCAGACCACCACCCUUACAACGGAGGAGAGGGAACAUAUUCAGGCUGUUGUCCAAGAACACUCAGACCAGGUCCAUUUGACCAAUGCCACUAGCCGGUGGGUGCUCAGGCAGUUCCCGCUGGGGAUCCUGGAUGGGAUUAUCAGACUGGCCAAGAUGGCCGCUGCCACUGCCGCUGCCGCUGCCACCACAUGGUCCAUUGUCUUAUCGCUGAUAUGCUGGGGGCCUCUAACAAGGCUAUCAACUAUGAUAAACUCUGGGAAGUUGCUCAGAACCCAGAUGAAAACCCUGCAGUUUUCCUUAAUAAGCUCACUGAGGCCUCAACCCAGUACACUGGCCUGGACCCAGCCUCCCCAGAAAAGCAGAAAUGAGCGGUCUUUUUCCUCCCUAGCUGGGGCUACUGUCUUGGUGACCCAUUUUAUCUCUCAGUCCUCCCCUGAUAUCAUAAAAAAUUUUAAAAGGUCGAGGAGGGUCCUCAAACUCCCAUUCCUGACCUGGUGAAAAUGGCAUUUAAAGUCUUUAACACCCGAGAGGAAGCGGUUGAACUUAAGAGGCAGGCUAGACUCCAGCAAAAGGUCCAACUCCAAACCCAAGCCUUGGUAGCAGCCCUGGCGGGCUCUGGAAGCCAACAGAAAGGGGAAAUCAACUACACCCCGCCUGGGGCUUGCUUCAAAUGCGGAACUGAGGGACACUGGGCCCAUCAAUGUCCCAAUCCCAAGGAGCCAACAUGGCCAUGCCCUCAAUGCAAGAUGAUGGGCCACUGGAAAUCUGACUGCCCCAGUCUUGGAGGAUCCUCGGCACCUCCACGAGGUGGAAACCCUGAGCCGGUAAGUCCAGCCUUCCAACUACUCAGAUUGGAUGAUGACUGAUGGGGCCCAGACUCCGACACCUCCCCUAACCCAGGCUGAGCCCAGGGUCAUGCUCCAGGUAGUGGGUAAGUCCAUCUUUUUCCUGUUGGACACGGGGUGACCUACUCUAUCUUGCCUUCCUACUCAGGUGCCAGUUUCCCCUCUCCAAUAGCGGCGGUGGGAAUUGAUGGCACCUCCUCCAUUCCACAAACUACCCCACUCCUCUCUUGUGGCCUGGAUGAGUUCCCUUUCUCACAUUCCUUCCUUAUAAUUCCUUCCUGCCCCGCUCCUCUCCUCGGCCAGCCAGGAUAUCCUACACAAACUCAAGGCCACCAUUCGUCUUUCUCGCUCACCAUUUCUUACCCUUAAUCUCUCCUGAUCCCUCCCCACCACCCCAUCUCCCUUUACCCAUUAACCCCCAAGUCUGGGAAACCUCUAAACCAACUGUGGCCACUCAUGACCCCCCCAGUAAAAAUCCAGUUAAAAGAUCAAACCUCCUUUCCUUCUCAUCCCCAAUUUCCAAUUUGGAAACUCACCAACGGGGUCUUAAAUCUAUUAAUUUGUCCCACUGCUUAGCCCCCGGUAGGCGUUCUGCUCCCUAAUCAUUUAACUGCACCAACCCCACACCCACACCUCCGGGACCUUCUCCCUCUCUCCACAACAUUUCCUUAUUCACCGACCCUCUCAACCACCAAUUCCCUUUCUGUUAUUCCACCCCUAACUCUUCCCUCUGCAAUGUCACCCUGUCUAAUGUUACCUCUCAUCACGCCCCUAUUGGCAGUUGCUUAGGUGCAAUGGCACCCUUUCUAAUUCUCUCAAUACCUCUGCCUCUCUCUGUUUGCCUGUCUCCUUGGUUCCAUGAUUAACUAUCUAUAGUCAAGCAGAAUUAGCCCUCCUUGCCAGGGCCCCCCAAAAGCAGAAACGAGUGGUCUUUUUCCCACUAGUUAUCGGAGUCUCCCUGGCCUCAACCCUGGUGGCCACGGACUGGGGACGAGGGCCUUAAUCCACUCUGUAUAUUCCACCAGGGACCUAUCUGAAAGGCUUCAAAUAGCCAUGGAGGCCUCGGCAGAGUGUCCAGCUUCCCUACAACACCAGGUAACAUCAGUGGCUCAAGCUGAGCUCCAAAACUGACAGCCUUGGACCUCCUCACCACAGACAAGGGUGGAACCUGCAUGUUUCUCAACGAAGAAUGCUGUUACUACAUCAGUGAAACAGGUGUAAUUGAGGCCAAUCUCCACACCCUUGCCAAAGUUCGUGAGUCUCUCCAAACCCGGUACCACCGGGGCGGUCCAACUACACCCCAAUGGUGGCAGGCCACACUAACUGCAUGGCUCCUCCCCCUCCUAAGCCCAUUCCUAAUCAUCAGCAUAUUAUUAACAGUGGCCCCUUGUGUUCUCCGAUUUAUCCAGGAACGAGUUCGAGAAAUGUCUUGAGUAUCUGUCAAUCAACUCCUCCUACACCUGUACUCCCACUUCACCACUUCUGAGGGACCCCAGGAUGCCCCCUACUCAGCAGGAAGUAGCCAGAUCUGAACUAAUGCCCUAUAACCACAAAAGGAUCGGAAUGUUGGACCGGUGGGAUCAAGGGGGAUCAGAAGGCACCAACAAAAUGGCGGCAGACCCUCCAUCUUGUUACCCUCCCCUCAGAACUUUCCCACCACCAGCAGGCUGCCCAAGGACAAAUCCUCAGGUGGAGACAUGAUCUAUGCAGGAAACCUGAACCACACCUUACCCAAACCCAUAUAAGGGCAUAAGCAGUUAUCACCCCAUACUGACACAACCCCUUACCCCUCCCCCCUUAAAAGCUCACAUGUACGCCCUUUGGGUAUGACUUCCCUGGCCCAUGACUCCCCGCUCUCUCCCUCCCCUGUGGGCCACAGAACCUCCCCCGAGAGCACGUCCCAUUAAUAGCUUGCCUCAACCAACCUUUGCUUGGCCUAUUUCAUUUCACUACCAAUCGGAUUAAACCUUACAGCAAUAAAAUCAUUUUUA